UCGAAGCUAUAAGAGCCAUGUUGGAGCGCGCACACACACACACAAAAUCCCGCUGCCCACAUGCACGCACACACUUGCUGCACAUGCAUCGAGUGGAGCACAGUCGCAGUGCUGCACAGCGGUGAGGCAAGGCAGGGAAGAAAGGGCAUUUACUCCCCGUCUCCUCAGCUAAAGGAAAGCAACAGCGUGGAGAAGUUGCAUGAAAGAGAGGUCUCAGCUGAGAACUUUUUUUUUCUUUACAUCAAACUAUGGAAGCCAAGAAGUGGAGAUAAAGGAGAGGACAAACUAACAGCUGGCUGAAGGGGAAACUUUUAUCUGAGGAAUUACUGGACACUUCAUGUAUGACUUCUUGUCAUGGUGUUGUCCUACAUUGUCAUCUCUCGUUGACAGGAGCCUCUGUAAUUUGAAUAUUCCACGGAUCAAAGUUUGGUUUCUGAGCAGUUUGUGUGAAUGAAGCGCCUGGAAGCAGGAAACAUGUCAAACGGACGUUUCAGUCACCUGUUGAGAGAGCUCUGGCUGCUAUGGCAAGCUGUGUUCGUGGUAGGAACUGGGAGUAAACUGUGGGAGGUACCCACACGUUCCUUCACGUCCUCGAAUUUUAGUGAGAGCCUGCAAUGGGAGCCCCGCUGUCAGUACCGACACCUACAAGACGUCGUGAAAACCACUGCAGACAUCCCCCCGACACUGGAUGGCACCUGGGUGUCUACAAGAUGUGAAGUUCGGCCGGGUCCAGAGUUCCUCACCCGGUCCUACACCUUCCAUCCCAGCCGUCACUUCCAGGCCCUGCAGCACUACUACUCCGACAGCGGCUGCGAAGAGCCAGCCUACUCCCUGAUGAUCAGGGGGAAGAUCCGCCUGCGUCAGGCCUCCUGGAUUACACUCGGGGGCACUGAGGCAGAACACCACUUUAGCAGGGUGGCCAUCGUGGUCCACACUGCGGCAGCCAAGCAGACCCUCACUUCCAGGCUGCCUCGGGCCUGCGUGGGCCCCGGCCUGGGUCGGGCUGUUCCAGGGAAGCCGCAUGAGCUGUACAACACCCGGGCAGGGAGGGGGUGUCUGGCGGCGCUGGGCUUCUCCAUGAUGGAGAUGGAUCUGGUGCGAGUGGAGACCCAGCACCACAGCUCUGGAGGGAAGGUCCAGGAACUUUUCUUGGGCGAUAUUCACACUGACUGGAUCCAGAGAACUCAGCACUGGCCUACAGGGUACCAGCAGCCACUGCAGAGCGCCAUGCAUCAUGUCCACCCCUGCCCCGUGUGUGCGUUGGUGUACCGAUCUUCAGAGCUGCGCCCCCCCAAGCUGCCCCGCAUUACCGCUGCCCCUCUGUCUCUGGCCGGCCGCUGGGUCAGCCAGCGCUGUGAGACCCGUCCCACCAUCCUCUUCCUCACCCGAGACUUCACUUUCGAUCCCGGCCAGCACGCCUGGGAGGGAACCUACAGGCACUACUCCGACCCCGGCUGCACGCAGCCCACUUUCACCCUGAGGGCCUUUGGCCACUACGCUCAGGGAAACCGCUCCGCCAAACUCUCGGGAGCGCACGAGUUUGUCUUCAAGGUAACCCAGGUGAGAGUGACCGCCUGGGACGAGCCCACCGCCAAGUUGCUGAACAGCACAAGGCCGGGAAAAUGCGGUCUGCCAGGAGGCUGGGAGGUCCGUGUGGAGAAGGACUUGACUCCCACAGACGGGUGCACGGUGCUGGGCAUCAAGCUGCCACAUAAGGAAUAUGAGAUCUUCAAGAUGGAGCUGGAUCACAGGAAACACCCACUGCUGUUUACUGGAGAGAGGCCGACUGAUGCGUCCAGUCCUGACAGACCGCUGAGGCGACCCACCUCCUUUCAGCCUCCCAUGGUGCUCUGCAGUGGGGGGGAGACUCAAUCAGCCCAUUUGAGUUUCAACAGCAAGCAAGUACAGUUACCCAGCGGAGCAGAGGAGCUCGCCCAGCUGGGACUGCUGCUGUUUGGAUGUGUGCUGGGCAGCUGGAUGUGUGUUUAUUAGAGGCACUAUUCACAUAUCCAAUCUGCUACACAGCUGAAGUCAGUGAUUGGGGUUGUUUUCUGGCAUUUGCCCUUCACCCCUCCAUCUGCAUAAUGAUGACCACCUGUGAGACAGUUCAGAAGAAUAAAGAGACAUUCAAGAGAGCUGAUUUUUUUCUUUCUACAUCUGGCUUUCAGAUGCUACCUGUGGGCUCACUUUCAUGACUCACCUCAGCUCCUUUUCCCUAUGUAAAACAUAUCUGUAUAGACAACCACAAUAUCAUUACAGUACCACAAAGUACAGUCACUCCAAUCAGGUUAUACUGGGAUAAAGACCAAACUAAUUUAAUUACUUUAUAGCUUCAUUUAUCAUAUGGGUAAGAGCUGUUUUCUUAUGGUCCUGUUUCAAAGCAAGGUAUUGAUAUCUAAAUAUGGUUCAAAGAUUUUCCACAUUAAAAAAAAAGAAGUCAUGUAGAUUUGAGAGGCCUUUUCACCAAGAUGCAACAUAAGUAAUGCACUUUUUACAAAACAUUUUUCCCAUAGAAGAAAGAAAUCCAGGCGGAAAAUGUAUAAACUAAAGCCAAGGUUGCUGGUCUAAAGCCACUGUGGUACGAAAUGUUGUUUAAUCUUUCAGAUCUUUUUAAACUGGUGCAUUCGUCUGCUUUUCCGUCAGCAGUCAAAGUAAACUAAUCUAAUGAAUAUUUAUUUUAACCAUUUAUAUUUUACUUUUUCAUAAAAAGAGAGAAUUUUUUGUCUAAUAUUUUAGUUACCUUUGUAUGUAAUAUUUUCUCUGUCUAUUAAAACGGCUUUUCUUAAAGUCAUGGUUGUCGCAAAUUUUUUUAAGCAUGGCUAAAGUUCUG